UAUUUUUUCACAGGAAGUGGUGCGCAACGUUGACUGCAUGAAUUCCCUCGGUGGGGCACCGCUCCAUGAUUCACACUUUGAGAAGCUGCAGCAGCUGUGCGUCAGUAGGUAGCCCGAACCAUAGCCUGGACGCGGCGCUUCGCUCUGGAUCUGGAUGGGUGGAGUUAAGUAUCUGUGUCACACACACUGACAACUGGGAAACCUUCACAACAAACUAACAGGUGUCCUCCUCGUCCUCCUUCAGACCCGCAGUCACACCACCGGGGGACCCUGACUGUCCGCGCCGCGCACUGAACGCUCUUCUUUCCUUGAUCUGACCUUUAAAAACUGCCUGGAAAAAAAAAAAACAGCAACAAAAAAUUUUAAUCCAAAAUCUCUAAAAUGAUGCACUCGGCGCAGAAGGACACCACUUUCACCAAGAUCUUCGUGGGAGGUCUUCCUUAUCACACAACGGACUCGAGUCUGAGAAAAUAUUUCGAGGUGUUUGGAGACAUCGAGGAGGCUGUCGUUAUCACCGAUCGGCAGACGGGGAAAUCCAGAGGUUAUGGAUUCGUGACCAUGGCAGACCGGGCUUCGGCUGACCGAGCCUGUAAGGACCCCAACCCUAUAAUAGAUGGAAGGAAAGCCAAUGUGAACCUGGCUUAUCUGGGGGCCAAACCAAGGGUCAUUCAACCAGGAUUUGCAUUUGGUGUGCCUCAGAUCCACCCGGCAUUUAUCCAGAGACCUUACGGGAUUCCUGCCCACUAUGUCUACCCCCAGGCUUUCGUCCAGCCCAGCGUGGUGAUCCCUCAUGUGCAACCUUCUGCUGCUACAGCGACAGCUGCCGCCGCCACUUCCCCAUACCUUGACUACACAGGAGCAGCUUAUGCCCAGUACUCUGCUGCUGCCGCCACUGCUGCCGCCGCCGCCGCCGCUUACGAGCAGUAUCCAUACGCGGCUUCACCAGCGCCAACAAGCUACAUGACUUCAGCAGGGUAUGGAUACACUGUUCAGCAGCCGCUCGCCACUGCCGCCACCCCAGGAGCUGCUGCUGCUGCUGCAGCCUUCAGCCAGUACCAGCCUCAGCAGCUCCAGACAGAUCGCAUGCAGUGAAACACGAGGGCUUCUUAGAGGAGGGGUGGAAGGAGAGGAAGGAGGUCACCUCCUCCCCAUGAAGAGGGUGGAGUUUGGAGGGUCAGUAGAGGCUGAACGACGGUUGUCACUCACAAGUUUUAACUUGUUUAACCUUCUACCAAAGAGCCUUCGGUAAAUGAGGAGACAGAUGAGGAGUUACUAAAAUGUUUUAUUCAAGUGAGAUGAGUAUUUUGGCACUAUUGGAUAUAUAUGAAUAUUUAUUCAGCAGUAAAAUGUUUCAUGUUAACUGAAGUCAGCUCACUGGACCUCAUGUCAACCAUUGCUGAAUUUUGUGUACAUAUUUAUAUAUAUAUUGCAAUGGAACUUGUAUAAAAAAAAAAAAAAAAAAAAAUCCCAAGUGCAUUCAUGUCUUAUGAUCAGGUUUUUUUCCACACUACUUUGAAGAUCAACCAAAACACUUUCACACAUGAGGACUGUAUGUCAUGUCAUCAUACAGUUUUGAGUAUUUAAUAGUUUUGGACCAUUAUUUUGUUUAGUAAAGAUAUGCAGACCUAGAGUUGUUUCAUUAGGACUGUUAUCUUUUUUAUAUAUAUAUAUAACCGUUUGGAGUGAGAUAGAUUAGACACACUCAGAUAGUUCUUUAGGAUGUUUUUUCUUGACAGUGCAUAACACAAAAUCUUGAGGUGACGGCUGAAGCCAGUAAAAGCACUCUUUUUUUCUUCCCAUUUAAUUUAAAACCUCAAGCAAGCUCAGCAAAAGGGAAGACACACUGUUGAAUGUGAAUUGUUCAUUUUGAUAAAAUGUUUCAUAAUGUGCCUUUUAAAUUAUGCUAUUUAUGUAUUUAUUAUGAAGCCUUACAGCAAUAAAUCCUUUGUUGUUUAAAAUGUUAGCAUGAAGCCUACUGUACAAAAUAUCCAGUUAUGCUGCUGCAUUUCUUAUGAUCAAGAGCAUACGAUGGAUAUUUGGCUGCGCUCUGUAUAAAGAACAAAUAAUAAGUGGAAAGGUAGCAAUAAGUCCAAAGCUUUUUUCUGUUUUCUGUAGAUUUAAUAUUGUCUUGAAUAGAUUCUUAACUCUUUGUCGCUUUUUAUACUUGUUUAAUAAAAGUGUGACAACUUUCAGAUUUCACGUCUUUUGACAUUAAAUGUUUUCUAAUGCAAAGGCAUUUUACCUUGUAAUGCAUGACUAAAAUGAUGCAGAUGUCUAAUUUGAGAAAUAAAUUGAAAUGUACGUA